AAUUAAUAAUUUUGACUCAGGUAAGAAUAAUAUGGAGUUCAAGGAUUUUGCGAGCAUAAUGCUGGUAUCCAUUCUUUCGAAUACUUGAUACAUGGUAGUCAUACCUUUUCUGCCGCUUGAAUUUAGCAGAUAUGGUAUCAAGCCAUCCACUUUUGGGUACAUAUUUGCAAUAUUCUCUGUUGCUGCAAUGAUUGGCUCUCUUGUCAUCGGCAAACUCAUGAUCAUCUUCGGUAGAAAAGUCAUCCUGCUUCUCGGAAUCUGCUCCAUGGGAGUCUGCAUGUCGGUGUUCUCAUCAAUUGCCUACUUCGAGAACUCUACUCUGGUCGUGUUGAUGCUGCUGGUGUCAAGGUCUCUGCAAGGGUUUGCAUCGAGCAUGAUCCAGACAACAUGUUACGCAAUCAUCUCGGCUUGCUAUGACGAAGACAAGCAGAGGUACCUAGGGUAUUUCGAAGGAGCUCAAGGGCUUGGAUGCAUGAUAGGGCCAGCCAUUGGAGCAAUUCUGUAUUCAUUCUGUGGCUUCAGCGGCACAUUUUACUUUCUUGGAGGCUCAUUGGUGCUGAUGUGUCCUUUGCUAUAUUUCCAAAUUCCUAACACAAUAAAUAAAAACGAUAACUUGGAAGAAGAUAUGAUAGACGAUGAGAUCAAGUCAGAAGAUAAUCAAAUGCCUCAAGAUAAGCCAGCAUAUACUAGCUUGUUAAAGAGAAAAGUUUUCUUGUUAUCAACAUUAUGUGGAGGGCUAUCUUAUGCUUCUUUUUGUUAUUACGAGCCUGUUUUAUCACUCCGGCUUCAAGAUGUGGGUCUUUCUCAAACCGAGAUUCUUUAUUUCUUUUGUAUAGCUGCUUUCUCUUAUUUGCUUUGAAGUUUCACGGUUUCUUAUUUAACGAGUAAGUUUACUCCAAAGAUGAUAAUCACUGUUACAAUAUUCUUAUGAGGAAUUGGUCAGUUCUUCAUAGGGCCAAGUCCCUUUUUACCAGACAACUUAUUUCUAAUGGCUUUUGGUCAGUUUGUACAAGGAUCUACGAGUUUUUUCUUCCUUAUCCUAGCCUUGCCAGUUAUGAUCAAAGAUGCUGAAGAUAGGUAUCCGACUUAUAAGACAUAUGCUUCAGAUUUAUCUUCAGGGGUGUUCAACUUUAGUUUAUCUCUUGGUCAAGCCUUAAGUCCAAUUUAUUCUACAAAUUUAACCGAAAUCAUUGGGUUUCAAAAUGUGUGCACUACAGUCGCAAUCAUCUUCAUUGUAUAUGCCUUGAUCUAUUACAUCUUUUGAGUCGCUCUUGUCGAAGAGCCGAAAGACACAGAAUUAGGAAUUGAGCUGAAGAGCCAAGAAGCCGAAUGACUAAAGGAGAAACCUUGCCAACAAAUUUAAAGAUAAUUUUGGAGAGUCAAGUUGAUAAGGUAUUAAGUUAGUUUA